CUAUGCAACAAAGUCCAAGAGCUAUUUAAUUGAUUGCAAUCGAGCCUUAAACAAAAAGUAUUGAAUUAAAGGAAAUUAAUAGAACUGGUCCUUUGCUAAGAGGCUGUAUAGAUAAUAAAAUCUUUUAAUGAUAAAUGCAAGAAUUUUGCUGUGAUUGUCGUUGUUGGCAAAUACCGAACUGGAAAAAGCUACCUAAUUAAUUAAUUAUUGCUUUAAUAAAGUAGAGGUUUUGAAGUAGGUUCUACCAUCAAUGCUUGUACUAAAGUAAUACAUAUCAAAAAAUAUAAAGGGUUUAUGGAUGUGGUCAGAGUUGAUUUAUUUUGAGUCUAACAAAAGUAAAGAACCUAUUCCAGCCAUUUUAAUUGAUACAGAAGGGAUUGGGUCAGUUGAAGAAGACAUGAAUCAUGAUGUUAAAGUAUUCCUUUUGGCGAUGUUAAUGAGCAGCUAUUUUAUUUAUAAUAGUGUUGGGACUAUCGAUGACAUGGCAUUGUAGAAUUUGGGUUUAAUUGUAAGUUAAUAAUCUAAAGUAGGUUAACCUAACAAAAAUGCUACAGAAGGCAGAUUAGAAUACAUAGAAGGAUUUAUUUGAGACAUUUCCAUCCUUUUUAUGGAUCUUGAGAGAUUUCACACUAAGACUUUAGGAUGAAUAUGGGAAUAAGAUACUCCCAAAGGAUUAUUUAGAAGCUGCUCUUAAACCAUUAAAAGGAAUUAGUGAAACUAUAGAAAAUAAAAAUAAGAUUAGAAGACAUAUAUCUUAAUUCUUUGCUGAAAGGGAUUGUAUCACUCUUGUAAGACCUACAGAGGAUGAAAAAGCACUAUAAGAGUUGAGUAGCGUAAAAUUUGAAGAAUUGAGAGUCGAAUUCCAGGAAUAGGUGCUUGCGUUGAGGAAGAAAUUAUCAUUUAAGGUGUAGUUCAAACAAUAUAAAGGCAAAGCCAUAACUCCGUUUACAUUUAUUGAAAUGUCCAAGUAUUAGAAGUUCUUAUUUAGGUAUUUUGUGGAUGCAAUAAAUGAAGGCUCUUUGCCUGAAAUAGCAACCUAAUGGCAAAUGAUCCAGGAGUAGGAGUUUGAAUAUCAUAUCAACACUUAAAUUGAGUAUUACAAAUAAGCGAUUGAAGAGUUCUUUCAAGAUCAAGAUUUAGGAGAUCUGGUGGAAUUAAAUCAAAUUGUAAAUCCAUUAAUUUAUUUCUAGUUAUUAAAAAAAAUAAAGAAUUACUUAGAAGGGAAUAGUGAGAAGGAGAUUUUUAUCAAGAGAUGGAAGAGUGUGAAGAAGGAUUUGGAAAGAUUGUUUAAUGAUUCGUAGAGAAGAUAUUAAGAUAUAUAAUUGAUUUAAUUAGAAACAAUAAAAAACAAUUUUAUAGAUGAAAUUCAUCAUUAUGAUAAAGAGGACUUUUGGGGAAUUGUUGAUAUAGCAAAUAAUGCAGUCUCAGAAUAUCUGUCCAAAAAUAUCAAUAUCAAUGAACUCUAAAAUUAUAUCACAUAGAUUUGGGAAAGUACAGUUCAAAGAAUAUAACACGAAUUUCACAUUAUUAAAAAUCUAUCGAAUUUGCAUAUUCAAAUUUAAUCAAAAUAAGAACUUGAAAUCAGGAGAUUAUAAACAGAAUUAUAGAGUUAUUAAGAAUUUCAAUUAGAGGAUAAUAGAUAAAAGGAUAAACUUAUUGAAAAAUUGAAGUCUGAAAAUGAGCAAAUGAAGAAACGAAAUUCUGUUUCAGAAACUCUUAUUUCUGAUCUAAAAUUAUAAAUAGAAUAGUUACAAUAAGAUCAUAAUUAAUAGUUAAAAUCAAUAGACAACCAAAAUAAACAGGAACUUAACAAACUAAGAUCCAUUAUAUCUAAAUUCGAAUAAAGAGUAAUAGAUUCGAAUGUCAACAUUGAUAAAUUCUCAAAUUUGUAUCAACAGCAAGAGAAAGAACACCUAUAAGAAUUAAAUGAAUUCAAAAUAGAAAUAUUGAAAUUGAACUCAUAGAUAUCGGAUUAUCAAAUAUAGAUUAAAGAGAACAGAGGUGAAAUUGAAGGUGAUAAAAAGAGUGAAAACUAUUAUUCAGCCAGAAAAUAGCAAAAACAUAACACCAAUGAUUGUGCCUUCAUUAAUAAUAUGCAAAAACAGAGUGAAAAUACAUUGUAAGAAUGGAAGUAUUAAAAGGAAUACAUAAGAAAACAAUUGCAAGAAGCCUAUUAUAAAAUAUAAGAAGAAAAGAAAUAAAAUGAUGCACUCAUUAAUAGUUUAAAGUAAUAUUGA